AUGCGGGCCGGGUGGGGGGCCCGGCGGGCCAAGGCCGUGACCCCCGCGCAGCGAGGAGUAAGCGGGCCCCGGGUGCGGCAAACGGCCAGCGAGCGGAGGGCCGGGGCCGGGGCCCCGCGGCGCCUCGGGAGCGCCCAGCACCGCGCCCGCCGCCGGCCUCCCGCCAGAGGCGUCGCUGUGCGCUGGCGCCAGCCCGGGAGCCGCGUUCCGCGGGGAGCGGGCGCUCGCGCCGAGCAGGGGUUUCAGUUUCUGCCCGCGCCCACCCCGCGCCGCCCGGCCGCGCCUCGAUUGGCUCGCCGGGUGGCCCCGCGCCGUCGCGUGGAGCGAGCCGCGCGACCUUGGCGGUGGCGCGCGGGCCCCGAGGGGGCCGGACGGCGCCGCCCGAACCCAGACGGCCGGGAAGGAGUGGCGGCGGGGCUCGGGCCCCGGGUGUCGUAUCUGGCAGUCGAAAACCGAGAGGAUAUACUGAAUGCCAGCGACAAACUAACUGAAGUCCUUGAAGAGGCCAACACUCUGUUUAAUGGAGGGUCGCCGCCCUGCUGCGUGGCCUCUGUCCACAUGGUGGCCCGGGCUGGCACCCGGGGCCUGACACAUAUGGGUGUAAAUCCGCUAGAAGCUGAAGAACUCAUCCGUGAUGAAGAUAGUUCUGAUUUUGAAUUCAUAGUCUAUGACUCCUGGAAAAUAUCAGGCAAAACAGCAGAAAACACCUUUAAUAAAACCCAUACAUUCCACUUUCUGUUGGGUUCAAUACAAGGAGAGUUCCCUGUGCCAAAGCCACGAAGCGAUCGUCCGAGAAAAGGUCCCACGACAGAAGAGAAGAAGACCAUGCCUGACCAGUUAAGUGAAAUGGAAGAAUCUCAUCAAGAAGCAACAGAAAAGGAAGUGGAAAGAAUUUUGGGAUUAUUGCAGACCUAUUUCCGAGAGGAUCCUGAUACUCCUAUGUCCUUCUUUGACUUUGUGGUUGAUCCACAUUCUUUUCCCCGAACAGUGGAAAACAUCUUUCAUGUUUCCUUCAUUAUAAGGGAUGGUUUUGCAAGAAUAAAGCUUGACCAAGACCGACUGCCAAUAAUAGAGCCCGUUAAUAUUAAUGAAGAAAGUGAGGGAAUUGACCAAAACACCCAAAUUAGGAAUCAAGGAAUCAUAGCUUUGAGUUACCGAGACUGGGAGGAGAUCGUGAAGACCUUUGAGAUCUCAGAACCUGUGAUUGCUUCAGGCCAGAGCCAGCAGAGGCUAAGCGCCUGACGCCAGCAAAGGACUCAACUGGAUAGUGAAAUCCAAACAGGAAAGCAGCAUGUAUUGUAUAUAU